ACUGUAUGUAAUCUAUACUCCCCGAUUCACGGCGGAUUUAAGGCGCGGAAGUGUAAUCUCAUCCAUUGCUACUUGUGGUUUUUGGAAGUGCGAUCAUUCAAGUGUGACUUUAGCUGAAAUUUAGUUCACAGCGCAAUUGGGCAAAAUCGAAUAAAAAGAGGUUGAUUGCCGAUUUGGGCAAUUAUUGGGUGUGUCUACAAUUGAUAGAAAAAAUGUACGGUGCGGAUCAUAGUUUUAAGAUGCUAUUCAUAAGGUUUUUUAUUUCGGUUAUAGGGAUUUUAUUUCCAAACUUAACUGGAAAUAUUUCGAGUGUGAUAGGAAAAGAGGGAUAUUUCCUUUUUAUUAAAAACUCUUGCAAUUAUUUUUGAAUGAUAAAUCAUUAUAUUAUCCCACUGUAGGUGUUCAUUUGAUUGAAAAUGUUUGUUACUUUUCCGCACCAAUGAACAUCUCAUGAAAACUGGGUAAAUCUCUUAAUUAGCCAUUAUAUGUAUGCUCAAAAUAGAAAUCUCGAUCUUUUCCAGUUGACUUUUUCGUAAAUGGGAGAAAUGUCAUUAAUUAAUAGUAGAUAUUUAGAAUUCAGAACAAAGUGCAACGCAAUCAUCAAACCUUGUUGCAAUUGUCCGUCUAUUUUCUAGUAUUUAUUGCCUAUUUAAGUCAUAAGCCGGGCCAAAUAAUGUAAACCGGUUAUAGAAUCGGAUUAAGCGCGCUAGCCAAGAUCAUUAGUUACUAGUAGAGAGCUACCUUGAUGGCCGGAGUUGGAGAGCCACUUCGUGACUGGAGCCCGCUUGGAAUGGUCCGAUCAAGUUGGUCGAAAGUGAGAGUACUCCCGUUGCUGUGGUUCCUGUUCCACGGGAUUCCCCUGCUGGCCAUUCGCCUGCAGCCCUGCGAACUAGCUGGCCAACUCUACAUACUGGAUGUCCCGAAAUCGGAAUUACCCCUAUGGCUUUGUAUUGCCGAAUUCGAGAGCCGCUUCAACACGCACGUUGUGGGCCAGGCCAAUGCGGAUGGAUCCCGGGACUACGGACUUUUCCAGAUCAGCGAUCGCUACUGGUGUGCGCCGCCGAAUCGAACGGAAUACUAUGCAUUCAACGAUUGCAAUGUGAAUUGCACUCGACUUCUGAGCGACGACAUCACCAUGGCCGUCCAGUGCGCCCGGCUCAUCCAGAAGCAACAGGGCUGGACGGCCUGGUCUGUCUAUCCGGAGUUCUGCAAUGGCACAUUGGAUGCCAUCGAUGAGUGUUUCCAGCCAGGGAACGCCACAGAUUCUGUGGCCAGCGACGAGCUGGCAGAGGUCAAAGAUUGUUAGAGAUUGUCUGCCCAUUAGGUCAUCACUGCCGAAAUAUGAGAAUUUAUGUAUGCGAAAUUAAAAUCUUAAUUACCGUUUAAA